AUUUUCGUCUGCAAAGAAUAAGCAGGAAGAACAGGACUUGUCCAACUGAUAAUUUCCGAUUCUGUAGACGAAUUUUUAUAUAACAAACUCAAUUCUUCUCUCUCUACUUUUUUUUUUUAAUUAAUAAACCAGAAUUAGGCCAAGAUGGUGACUGGUAGCUCUCAUAAAUCUGUGAAAUUCUCCAGUUAGGUCAUGUUUCAAUUUCUCGACCCACACUAAAAAAAUUCAACCUUUGUAUUUGUUUACAGGUGCUGUGUCGAUUUCUUGCUCUGCAAAAUUCAAAAUUGGCAUGAGUUUUCCUUCAGAUUUCCUCUCUUUCUUUCCUUCAAACUGAAUUUUUCACCACUGGGUGUUAAAAUCCAUGGCAGAUUCAGAAACUCUUUCUUUCUCCCAACCCUCUUGGUUUCUCUGAAUAUGGAUUUCUAUUAUCGCUUAUUCUUUCAAAAUCUGUUCUUGUUUCUUGCUAUCCUAUUCAUCUCUGUUUUCUUCUAUUUGGUUCCUCUGUUCACUUUCAUCCCUACAUUGUUCCUCAGAUUAAGAAGGGGUCACGCUACUUUAAACGACAAUUCGGAAUUUUUUGAAGUACUGCCUGAAGAAAAACAAUUCGACAAUGUGAAGGUCGAGCAAGAAUUAGAACCAAAGUUUGAAGAUUUUGAGAAAGUUGAUUCGGACAAGAAUGACGAUAAGGAGAAAACUGAGUUUUGUUUUAAGUUUAAAUUCCCAACCUAUGAGGAAUUUAGUAAAGACAAGACAGAAACUGGUGAACUUAUCGCGUCUGAUUUUGUACCAGAAAAGAGUUUUAGCAGUUUAAUUCAAGAACCUGAGAUUGUGAACCUGAAUGCUGAAGAAAUUGGUUGUAAUAUGAAAGAUGUGUUUGAUUUGGAUGAAGAAGACAGGAAAGAAGUACCACAUCAUAAAAUGGAAGGCAUUCAGGAGGAAGAGGAGCACACAGGCGCACCUGAACACCACGGUUAUCAAAAGGAAAUUGAAGGAAUGGAAUUCCUCAAGGGAGAAUCAGAUUCUGUGUGCAAACAAUUUUUGGGUGAUUCAGAUUUCCCUGAUGAAUUUUUGUUUCAAUCAGAGAAAGAUUCUUCAGGUACUGAUUCAGAUACUGUAUCAGUUGGUUUUGAGCAUAUGCGUUCGCUUAUGAGCAGGUUAGUAAAUUCCUACAGUGAUGGCUUCUUGUCCGAUGAAGAUUUUGGUGGUGAAUUUGAGCUUGAUCCUUUAAAUGAUAUUGAUUCAGACUUAAAAAAUCCUGAUUUGUCUGAAGAAAAUCAUGAAUCUGAGGAUUUUGAGGACAGUGAUAGUGAUAUAAUGGAAGAGUUGAGGGAAUUAGAACAAGAAGACCAGCAAAAUGACUCAGAAUUUUUAUCCCAGAAUGAUAUUCAUGAAGAUUUGGGCAUGGUUAAUACUUUAGAAUUUGUUACAGAAGAUGACAAGUUAAUAAAUGGUCCACAAGAGUCUGAAAAUCCCAAGUCAAUAAACACAGCUAUUGUUGACACUUCUGGGGAUGCAAACAAAUUAGAAUCCCUGUGGGAACAUCAAGAGUUGAUUGAACAAUUAAAGAUGGAAAUUAGAAAAGUCAGAGCCACGGGUCUGCCUACUAUUUUGGAAGAGUCUGAGUCUCCAACAAUGGACGAAUUACAACCAUGGAAGAUUGAUGAAAUGCUUCAUCGUGAAGAUUCUAUGAGCGAACUUCACAAAUUCUACAAGAGUUACAGAGAGAAAAUGAGAAAAUUCGACAUCUUGACAUAUCAGAAGAUGUAUGCAAUAGGUUAUCUGCAGAAAGAUCCGCUAAAAGAUCCACUGCAAUUACUGUUCAACCAGAAAUCUUCAGAAAUGCAGAGUGAUUUGGAAGUGGUAUACGUUGGCCAGAUGUGCCUUUCUUGGGAAUUUUUGCACUGGCAAUAUAUGAAGGCUUUAAAUUUGUGGGAUUCUGACCCACGUGGGAUCCGAAAAUAUAAUGAAGUAGCUGGAGAGUUUCAACAGUUUCAGGUGCUCAUGCAAAGAUUUAUCGAAAAUGAACCUUUUCAAGGGCCUAGAGUUCAAUAUUUUAUCAAGAGUCGAUAUGAUCUUCGUAAUCUUCUUCAAGUUCCUGUUAUUAGAGAUGACAGAGUGAAGGACAGAAACAAGGCAAGAACAAAAGAGAAAGCUGUUUUUUCAAUUACAAGUGACAUGCUAGUGGAGAUACUGGAAGAAUCUAUACGAAUAUUUUGGCGCUUUGUCAAAGCUGAUAAAGAUUGUUAUAGCGUGAUGACGAAAGGUCAAAAGGGAAUUCAUCCAGAGGUUCAAGAACAAGAGGACAUGGAGCUUUUACUGGAGAUAAAAAAAAAUCUUGAAAAGAAGGAGAAGAAGCUGCAGGAAGUUUUGAGAAGUGGAAAUUGCAUAUUGAGGAAGUUCAGGAAGAACAGAGAAGAGGAUUCAGAUCAUGUACUCUAUUUUUUCUCUCAAGUAGAUGUGAAAUUAGUGGCUAGGGUCCUCAACAUGUCAAGGCUAACCAAAGAUCAACUAGUGUGGUGUCACAAUAAAUUAAGCAGGAUUAGUUUUGUACAUAGGAAAAUACAUGUAGAGCCCUCUUUUUUGCUCUUCCCUUGUUAAUACUAGUCAUUGUUUU